CGAUUACACAACAACUUGAUAUCGCAUCAUUUUUCCAUGUAAUUCCAAAGAGAUUAAACGUAUUUGCGUUGGCUGUCUUCAGAAGUAUCAUGGAGUAGUGUUUUUCUUUAAAAGCACUUGCACCAUUUGGUGCCCCAGCACAAAAAUAGUCAUCAUGGCGCUUUUCCACAAUGUGUUUUCUACGUUCUCCUCUCUUAACCGGGUGGUCAGAGUCAAACAAAAUGAUCGAAUACGAACCACUAAUCUGGGAAGGGUGGCAAGAGGAUGCCACCCUCUUUCCAGCUACUGAGCCCAAUGGCAUCCUCAAUUUCGAUGAGCUCCUCGGUGGCAAGAUCAAUAAUGAUUUACCCCUUGAAGCUGCUGAUUGUAAUGAUCUUAAUUGGCUGGAUGAAAAAGUAGAUUUAUCUACCAUCCUUCAAACUCCACCAACUGAAGAAGAAUAUCGUCUCAUAGAUGAUGCUGUCAAUCUUCUUUUUGAUUCAAGCAAUAUAGAUUCUUAUUUGUCAUCAGAUCUUGCCAAAAAUGAAUCGGAUAUAUAUGACACCAGCAUAAAUAGCACUCAAGACCAGGCAGCUUCUUCGAAUGAUUUUUCUUUCACUGCUCCUAGUUAUGAAGCUAUAUCUGAAGCUGGUUCUCCUGCACCAAGCUUUGCUGAUAAAUCUGAGUACCUAACAUCUACUGGAAUAUGCUUAUCACCACCAGGACAAGUCGUACCUGCUGAGAUUUGCCAGUCACCAUCUUACAGCAGUACUCCUAGGGAGAGAUCACCAUCAAGAGAUUUUUCACAAUCCCCUAGUGAAAUAUCUAAUUGCAGUACUCCUGGGGGACAAUCUACGUCUGAUGACUUAUGCCAGUCUCCUCCAGAUUUCAGCUGUUUUCUUGGAUCCCCUGAAUCCUCGGAUGUGUAUAGCCCAGCUCCAAGUGAAUUAACAUCAAGUUCUGUCAGCGAAGAGGCAACUGCUGAAUCUUCUGUUUCUGUCAUGGUAUGUGAUAUAAGUCCCGAAACCAUCUUGUCUGACAGUGAAGAUCUUAGUAUUGAAGAGGUUACAAGGUCUGUAAGGAAAAGGAAAUUUGUCAACAAUGGAAAGGAAAUACCAAAGAUCAGAGUUUCCUUAGAUAAUGUGUUCCAUCCGUACAAGAAAACUGAAGGUGGCAGACCUCGUAACAAAAAUGACAGAAAGAAGGUCCAGAACAAAGAGGCUGCAGCAAGGUAUCGAAUGAAGAAAAAGUUGGAGCAAAGAGAGAUCAUGGAUGAGGUAUCUACUCUGGAAUCCGAACAGAAAGAUUUACAGAAAAAGCAUGAUUCCCUGGUCUCGGAAAUUAAAUAUUUAAAAUCUCUUAUGUGCGAAAUUUUGCAGAAGAAAGGGGUACUUAAAUAAUUCAUUUAUCAUUAUUGUUCUUGUAGAUGGGGUCCUCAUUAGAAAUUGUGUAGUUAAUGGGCUCAUUAGUACUCAACCACCUGUAUUUUAUGUCUUUAUUUCUUUUUUUAAUCAUGUAUCACCAAAUAAAAGUUAUGUAACUGAAAA